CUUUUCAGAGAAACCCAAUAAAAGAUAAAAACUGAAAAAAAACCCUAAUAAAUAAAUAAAUAUCUCUGCUACCGGGCAACCAAACUGGAUCCCCCCCAGUGAGAUUUUAAUGCAGUUUCAAUACAACGAAAUAAUUCCGAAAACGAAAGAAGCGAGAACGAAAACAAGUGUUUAAAUAACACAUUCACUUCAUUUAAUUUGGCUUAAAUACCAUCGAUGCGAAUGGAGUUUCCGAUUGCGUUUUCGUUUUGCAAUUAACCGAGAAGAGAUAUUUAAUCAAACUUAAAUCCCACCGCCAGCAUAGUUACAUUUUAAGAAGGACUGAACUGAGAGAAUAUAAUAAGAGCCGUAGCAGCAGCAACAACAAAAAACCACAACAAAAUGAUAUUCCUAAUGACAGUUAUCAAAGUGCUGCUCAUCGCACUGAACAUAUUUCCAAGUCGCUUCACCAAUCGCAAGGUGAUGUUCCUGAUCUACCUGACAAAUCUCGUAACACAUGUUAUGAUGAAUGAACCUCGCUUUGCCCAACCAAUACCAAAUGUAACAGUGGCCGUGGGACGUGAUGCCAAUUUACCCUGUGUUGUGGAGCAUUUGGGCGGCUAUAAGGUUGCUUGGAUACAUAUUGACAGACAAAUGAUUUUGACAAUACAUCGCCAUGUUAUUUCGAGGAUACCACGUUACAGCAUUACCUACGACAAUGCCAACACAUGGCUGCUGCAUGUGAACCAGGCGCACCAGGACGAUCGUGGCUACUACAUGUGCCAGGUGAAUACAAAUCCCAUGAUAAGUCAAGUGGGCUAUCUGCAGGUAGUCGUGCCACCCAAUAUAUUGGACAUUGAGAGCACUCCAUCCUCGGUGGCCGUAAGGGAAAACCAAAAUAUCAACAUGACUUGCAGGGCAGAUGGCUUUCCGGCUCCAAAAAUAAUAUGGCGGCGAGAAGAUGGCGAAGAAAUUGCAGUCGAAAAGAAAAAGAAAGUUUUGGUCUACGACGGUGAAGUCCUGCCGCUGACCAAAGUGAGUCGCAACGAAAUGGGUGCCUAUCUCUGUAUCGCCACCAACGGUGUACCUCCUUCGGUAUCAAAGCGUAUAAUACUGGAUGUCGAGUUUUCUCCAAUGAUUUGGGUUCCGAAUCAACUUGUUGGAGCUCCAGCUGGCACUGAUGUUACCAUUGAUUGCCAUACGGAAGCACAUCCCAAAGCCAUAAUCUAUUGGGUUUACAAUUCGGUUAUGGUCCUGCCAAGUAAGAAGUAUAAAACCGACUAUACGGAGAAUUCCUACAGAGCCCACAUGAAACUGACAAUAAGAAAUCUCCAAUAUGGCGACUUUGGAAACUAUCGAUGUAUAUCCAAAAAUUCUCUGGGAGAAACAGAAGGAUCAAUACGAGUGUACGAAAUUCCGCUGCCAUCAACGCCUUCAAAGCAGGUGACGCAUUCUACAAUAGAUACGAGAGAAAACAAUAUCAUACCGAUUCGUAAUGAUUCUCUCAAGUCAUUACAAACGGAUGUGCAUUCGCUGAAAAAUGAAUUACUCGGGACGAGUGAUUCCACAUCUCCAGCUUUGCAGGGUGCAACAGCGCUGGUGCCGUCAUUGACGGGAAAUAAUCUACAAAUCUAUGGAUCAUCCAGUAGUUCUGUGGAACGCAAGGGACUGCUGGCGAUAGGAAAGAGUAUGUCUUAUACUGAGCUUCCACCCAAUCACCUAGAAGAUUCAUCAGCCUGGACAGCGAAACCCCCACUGUACUUAAUUGUCUACUGCAGUGGCUUUGCGUGGAUGUUCCUAAGAUGGACGGCGUAAAAGUGUCAUGGUAUUGACAGCCAUAUCCGGUUAUAAUAUCGAACACCAGCAGGAGACUAAUUUAAUUCAAUUCAAUUCAUUUUACUUUUUGUUUCAAAAUACAAAGGAUGUCAAGUUAAUUGUGAUGGAUGGCAGCAUGUCACAUUAGCUAUCUGAGUACGACCGCAAAGUCUUGCUGUUUAUGAAUUACAGAAACCCCUCCCCUUAUCCCUCUCCUUUAAAAUGUUGAAAUUGACAAUAAUGCAAAUAAUACAUAUCACACAGUCACAUGCAGAAAAAGGAUACACAUAUCAGACACAGAGACAUAUACACCCCUAAUUUUCAUAUAUAAAUCAAACUAAAAAGUUUAAGGGAUUUAAUUGAA